ACUACGGCGGCUCCAAGGAGGGGGAGGGGGGAGGAGGGACGGCCGGUCCCGUCAGUCAGGCAGCGGGAGCCGCCGAGAGCGGAUGGCGGCGGCGGUAGCGGCCCCACUCGCCGCCGGGGGUGAGGAGGCGGCGGCCACGACCUCCGUUCCGGGGUCUCCGGGUCUGCCCGGGAGCCGCAGUGCAGAGCGGGCCCUAGAGGAGGCCGUGGCCACCGGGACCCUGAACCUGUCCAACCGACGCUUGAAGUACUUCCCCCGGGGCGCGGCCCGCAGCUACGACCUGUCAGACAUCACCCAGGCUGACCUCUCCCGGAACCGGUUCCCCGAGGUGCCGGAGGCGGCAUGCCAGCUGGUGUCCCUGGAGGGCCUGAGCCUCUAUCACAAUUGCCUGAGAUGCCUGAACCCAGCCUUGGGGAAUCUCACGGCCCUUACCUACCUCAACCUCAGCCGAAACCAGCUGUCAUCGCUGCCACCCUACAUCUGCCAGCUGCCCCUCCGGGUGCUCAUUGUCAGCAACAACAAACUGGGAGCCCUGCCUCCCGACAUCAGCGCCUUGGGAAGCCUGCGGCAGCUUGAUGUGAGCGGCAAUGAGUUGCAGUCCCUUCCCACAGAGCUGUGUAGCCUCCCUUCCCUGCGGGACCUCAGUGUUCGGAGAAACCAGCUCAGCACCCUCCCUGAUGAGCUGGGGGAUCUUCCUCUUGUCCGCCUGGAUUUCUCCUGUAACCGUGUCUCCCGCAUCCCGGUCUCCUUCUGCCGCCUCAGGCACCUGCAGGUCAUUCUGCUGGACAGCAACCCCCUGCAAAGCCCACCUGCUCAGAUCUGCUUGAAGGGGAAGCUUCACAUCUUUAAGUACUUGUCAACAGAGGCUGGGCGGCGUGGGGGGUCGGCAUUGGGGGACCUGGCCCCUUCCCGCCCCCCGAGUUUCAGUCCCUGCCCUGCUGAGGACUUAUUUCCGGGACGUCGGUACGAUGGUGGGCUAGACUCAGGCUUCCACAGUGUUGACAGCGGCAGCAAGAGGUGGUCUGGAAAUGAGUCAACGGAUGAAUUUUCGGAGUUGUCCUUCCGAAUCUCAGAGCUGGCCCGGGAGCCUCGAGGGCCCAGGGAGCGGAGGGAGGAUGGCUCUGCUGACGGAGACCCUGAGCAGAUUGACUUCAUUGACAGCCACGUGCCUGGGGAGGACGAGGAGCGAGGUGCUGCUGAGGAGCCCCGGCCACCAGAAUUAAGCCCUGUGGCAGGGGACGGAGAGAAGGCACCAAACAGCAGGCGGGAGGAGCCUGCUGGUGAGGAGCGGCGACGCCCGGACACUUUGCAGUUAUGGCAGGAGCGGGAGCGGCGGCAGCAGCAGCAGCAGCAGCACAGCGGAGCGUGGGGGGUCCCCCGGAAGGACAGGUCCGCUGCCUGCACUGCCGACCCCACAUCUCCUUUGCUUUCCAGUUUUGUGAAGUUGGGGGUCAGGGCUGCUGGCGGAGGUCCUGCGGCCUCAUCCACUCAGGCCACCUACAACGGCAUGCCCAAGUCCAGUGCCACCCAACUGGGAGCUUCAGGGGGGCAGGGAGCCCCCCCGGCCCCUGCCCCCACCCCUGCCUCCCAGGAGCCCCUUCCUGCAGCUGGACCAGCGACAGUGCCUGCUCCCCGGCCGCUCGGCUCCAUUCAGAGACCAAACAGCUUCCUCUUCCGUUCUUCCUCUCAGAGUGGCUCAGGCCCUUCCUCACCAGACUCUGCCGUGAGGCCUCGGCGACCCCCUCAGCUUCUGGACGAGAAGGAGCUGAUGGCACAGCUGCGCCAGGUAAUGGAGUCCCGGCUGCAGCGGCCCCUGCCUGAGGACCUGGCGGAGGCUCUGGCCAAUGGGGUCAUCCUCUGUCAGCUGGCCAACCAGCUGCGGCCCCGCUCCGUGCCCUUCAUCCAUGUGCCCUCGCCUGCUGUGCCAAAACUUAGUGCUCUCAAGUCUCGGAAAAAUGUGGAGAGUUUCUUAGAAGCCUGCCGAAAAAUCGGGGUGCCUGAGGAGUCCCUGUGCCAGCCCCAUCACAUCCUGGAAGAGGAGGGGGCCCCAGGAAGGGGCCUCCCUUACAUCGCUGCUGUCGUCCACGCACUGCUGGAAAGGCCAUAGGGUUGAGGAAGGGGCGCAGGGCCCCGACCUGGCCUGCAACCCAGGAACAGAGAAGACAGCCGUGCCCGGCUUCUGAUUUCUAGCAAGGACUCUGGUGAGGGCGGCCUUGGGCCUGGCCCUGUUCCUUGGGCGCCCCUCGGCCCUCCCGAGGGGUUGGAAGCAGGCCCAGUCCAGCAAGGUGCCUGGCCGCCUCUGGGUGUGGCCAAGGGUCUUGUGUCAAGUGCAAUAAAGAAGUCGGGCCCUCUAGGCUGCCCCUCAGGUUGUGUGUGUGUGUGUGUGUGUGUGUGUGUCCGUCCGUCUGUGAACGAAAGCAGUGCUUCGCGGGGAAAGGGUCGCCUCCGCGUUGAUGUUGGGGUUCUGCAGUUCCCCGCACCGGGCGCCGCCCCUCCAUAGCCAACGGCUGCCAAGCGCGGGCCCAGCCACCCCCGCCGCCAGGGGGCGUCCGCGGGAUCCCGGCGGGAGCGCGCGCCACGUGGUCCGGAAACGCGCUGGGCGUCGGCGUGGCGGCGAGGCCCCGCGAGCUCGGCGGGGUGCUGCGGGAGGUGAGGGCCGUGAGGGCCGUGAGGGGGCCUCGUGGGGCUGCGAGGGGCGAGGUGGGAGGCACGGACGGUGCGGACACGGGGCACGGAGCGGCUGGCCUGCGCUGCCCUCCCCCGCCAGAGGCGUCAUGUUGCCUGGGCCGCCUCGGCGGUGGGACGCGGGCAAAGAGCAGGCGCUCGAGGAACAUGGCUCCUCGGCUGGCAGUGACCCCGGGGAGACCUCGACCUUUGGAGAGGAAGCCCUGGAGGAGCCAGGAACCCCCCCGCAGGACAGGUGAGGGGCUGGGCGGGA